AAAAAUGGUGGUCCCUACAUAACCGAGCACACGACGCAACUAUGGUGUCUUGUGCUGCAAAAGACACAUAGUCAUAGAGGACAUCGCCAGAUUCAACUUAGUUUGUCACGCGCCUGGCUGCAGCUUUGGAGGCUCAAUCUCAACAAAAGGAAGAGACUGUGGCUCAUAACAGCGUCUUGAGCAGUACCAGUGUCAAUGACACUACACACAGAUCGAAGGUUUCUGUUAUUGGUAGUGGCAACUGGGGCAGUGUUGCUUCUAAGCUCAUUGCCUCCAACACCUUCAGGCUGAACUCAUUCCAUGAAUAAUGAGUUUACUCAUUUGAUGGAUCAUCUGAUAAACUCAGAUGAAGUAAGGAUGUGGGUGUAUGAGGAGACAUUACAAAGUGGUGAGAAACUCACUGAUGCCAUCAACCGAACCAAUGAAAAUGUCAAAUAUCUCCCUGGAAUCAAGCUUGGCAAUAAUGUUGUUGCAGAUCCAGAUCUUGAAAAUACUGUGAGGGAUGCGAACAUGUUAGUCUUCGUGACUCCACAUCAAUUUAUGGAAGGAAUAUGCAAAAGGCUUGUUGGGAAAAUAAGAGCAGAUGCUGAGGCUAUUUCUCUUGUCAAAGGGAUGGAGGUGAAGAUGGAAGGCCCGUGUAUGAUCUCUAGUCUCAUCUCUCAGAUACUCGGAAUCAAUUGUUCUGUUUUAAUGGGGGCCAACAUAGCAAAUGAGAUAGCAGUAGAGAAGUUUAGUGAAGCAACUGUUGGAUACCGGCAGAACAGAGACGUCGCCGAGAGAUGGGUUCAGUUGUUUUAUACUCCAUAUUUCAUUGUCACAGCUGUCCAGGAUGUUGAAGGAGUUGAACUGUGUGGAACGCUGAAAAAUGUUGUGGCCUUAGCAGCAGGUUUUGUUGAUGGCCUGGAGAUGGGAAACAAUACGAAGGCUGCAAUCAUGCGACUUGGUCUUAGAGAGAUGAAGGCAUUUUCGAAGUUGUUGUUUCCAUCUGUUAAGGACAGCACAUUUUUCGAGAGCUGUGGUGUGGCGGACCUUAUCACAACUUGCUUGGGUGGUCGAAACAGGAAAGUUGCUGAGGCUUAUGCAAAGAAUGGGGGAAGGAGGUCUUUCGAUGAGCUCGAAGCAGAGAUGCUGCAAGGCCAGAAAUUGCAGGGUGUUUCAACUGCAAGAGAGGUUUAUGAGGUUCUCAGCCACCGCGGAUGGCUAGAAUUGUUUCCUCUCUUCGCAACCGUUCAUGAGAUAAGCAGUGGCUUACUUCCACCAUCAGCCAUAGUUGAGUACAGUGAGAAGCAAGUCAGGUCCUUUUGAUUCAAGGUGCUCCAAUAGAGUGUUUGUUACAUUGUCCAAGUAAUAUAGAUUACCGUUACAGCAGGUUACAGUUAACAGUCCCAAGAAUAUACAAACGUCAUGCUUUCAUCGUACAUGAACCGUGGAAAGCAUUGGAGAGUUGGUUGCUUCAUCAUCGUUCUCGCGCCAACAACGAGGUUGUCCAUGCCUGGAGGUCAGGACAUUUAUGGAAUAUUGAAAGCCAUGGAAGUUAACAUCUAGAAAAAAUUCUUUUUAAGCUAUGUUCUUCCACUGCAAGUAAUUCAUUCACAAAAGAGACUAGAUUAAAAUAAAAAAGUAACUUGAAAAUUUAUCUGUGGACUGGGUUUUUCCAAUUUUCGAGAGCUAUUAGCUAAUUUAUUUGUUUAAAAUGAAGGUUGAUGAUUACUACAAAUCU